CACAGUUUAAAACUACGGCAGCUGCCGUCAUAGAUAUUUGACUAUGUUACAGACGAGACAUGUUUACAAGGAUUGAGAUAUUACUCAAACACACGCGUAUCGUUACUUAUUGUACACUAUUAAAAAGGUAGUUAGGUAUUUGUGCUCAGAACGCUCCCGGACUCCUCAGCAGUGAUGUCCCUUUCUCCGGAGAGAGCCUCCGAGCUGAAACAGAUCAUCCAUAACCAUCUUCUGAAGAUGAAUAUCCAUGGGAGGAUCCGAGAGGUGCUAGCUGAGACUGUGAGGGAGGACCACGGGCCCGCACAUCGCACUCUGUCCCAGGCUGAUUUUCUACGUGCUCUGCAGCACAGGGGCAUCAUAGAUGAUGUGAUGAAGGACCUACAGUUUACCCAGGAAGUACUCACAGAUGCAGAACCAGGAUCCCCUCCAAAGCCUGCCACUCACUUUGUUGACAAGAAUAUUACUCAGCUGAAAAAAACCAAUAUUGACCCAUCCAGGCGGCACCUGUAUCUCCAAGUGCUUGGUGGGAAGGCCUUUCUGGAGCACCUCCAGGAGCCAGAGCCUUUACCUGGUCAGGUGUGUUCUACGUUUACAGUCUACUUGCAUUUCCGUAACCAGAGGUUCCGCUCGAAGCCAGUGCCCUGUGCCUGCGAGCCGGACCUGAGGGAGGGCUUCCUCUUAGAGAUCCACAGAGAGGGCACAGGUGAAGGCAGCAAAAUGGCGGACGGGACCAACAUGCUGUCUUUGUGUGACCCGGUUCAUUUGGUGCUGAUCAAGACGGACACCUCCAGUGAGACAAUGCUGGUCUCCUCCUACUUCCUGGACUGGAGGGUUGUCCUCUGUUCGCCCAAUGGGAAGACCUGCUUUGCUGUGGAGCUGAUGGGAGUCGGAAGUGAAUGUAAAGUCCCAGCUGGAGUUCUGACUGUGGGUCUGGAGCUGUACCCCCCUCUCACUGAUACUCUGAGCGCUGACAUCAUCAGCACACAGCAAUCACUGGAGAGGCAGAGGACAGCAGAGAAGGAGAGACUCUUCUUAGUUUAUGCCAAACAGUGGUGGAGGGAAUUCCUGCAGAUACGUCCCUCACACCAAUCCAAAAUGGUCAAGAUUUUUGCACAGGAUGAGAACGGCGUCAACAGACCAGUGUGUUCUUACGUGCAUGUCCUGCGGGCAGGGCGCCUGCUGGAGAGCCCCCGACAGGCGGCCCGCUUCGUCAGCCUGCUGGCCCACGAGAAGGCCCCGGUGGUGGGAGGGGGGGACAAGCAGGAGCAGUGGUGCACAUUAAUGGCUUUCCUGUGUAGAGGCAAGGGGGACUGUGAGGACCACGCCACCCUGCUGUGCAGCCUCCUGCUGGGCUUUGGCCUGGAUGCCUAUGUGUGUGUGGGCACCAAGGCCAAAGGAACCCCUCACACCUGGGUCCUGACCCGCGGCACCGAUGGGAGCAUCACCUUCUGGGAGAGUCUCACGGCUCACAGAUACGUGCACAGGGCCAUCGACCCAGACGCCCCGCCCCUGGCCCCCCAGCCCAAACCCACCUCCCCCUACCGCACCGUGGGCUGUGUCUUUAACCACCACACCUUCCGGGCCAACUGCCAACCCUCCGAUGCUGUGGAGCUUUGUGUCUUUGACUUCCAGAAUCAGUCUCGGUGGAAGGCAAUGAGUCGAGAGGCUCUGAAGUCUGUCUGUGCCCCCGGCUCCACCACCUCCCUGCCCCCCGUGCCUCCGCUCUGUGCCCCUUCUCUGGAUCCUGCUGCUGCCAGCAACCAGCUGGAGCUGGAGCUGCGCUCCCUGGUGUCUGAGCACAGGAAGGACCUGGAUCUGGCCACACUGUGGGACGAUCAGCUGUCCAACCUGCUGUCCUCUGCUCUGUCAGCGUACGAGCUGGAGCGCUGCUCCGGCGUCUCCUGUGGCAACGAGGAGUUCCAGGACGCAGUGAGGAGGGCGGUGCCGGACGGACACACCCUUCAAAGGCUUCCCAUCCACUUCCUGCACCGCAACGCCCGGAGAGCCUUUGCCACCUGCCUCAGGUCUCCGUUCUGUGAGGAGAUAGUGUGUUGUCGUGGCGACCAUGUGAGGCUAGCCGUCCGGGUUCGUGUGUUUGCUUAUCCAGAGAGCGCAUGUGCAGUGUGGCUCAUGUUUGCAGUGAAAUACCGCUCUGUACUCUGACCAGCGGACAUCAUGGCGACCUGGAGAACACCAGAGUGUGCAUGAACACAUAAUGAGACCCAUAAUGAGACCAAAGUUAAACCUGUACUCAGUGAUAUGUGCCACAUGUUUGAAGCUGUCGUCUCUUCUCUGAUACUGAGGCAUUUAUUUAGUUGUCUAGUAUACUCAUCAUUUGUACAGAAAUGUAUUUAUAUAUCUAUUUUUGUAAAUAAAUGGAACAUUUUCAUUUGUACUUU